AUGAAUAGCGAUACUCGCGAUAACGUCUCCAAGUCCCCCUACGCUAUUGGCGAGGAAAUACCCCUUGUCGGCUCUGCAAAACCACGCCCUCACCGGUUCCUGAGCAGGCAAAAUGUGACAGCACUCACGAGUUUGUUUAUAACGUGCUCAACAAUAUAUAUGGGACUUCUGAUUAUCAUGGGACCCGGAACAGCCAUCCACCCUCAAAUAUCGCACUACUGGGGCCAAUACUCACCCUUCUUCUCGCUCGAGGAGCAGUCAGAAAUCAGCCCUGCCACCCCGCCAGAAUGCACUGUCACAUUUGUGCAAGCCCUCUCCCGGCAUGGCGCGAGGUAUCCGACUGCGGGGAAGAGUGAGGUGUAUGUCGAACUUGUUGAUCGGAUUCAGCAGACAGCGACAGAAUAUAAAGGCGGCGUUUAUGCUGCGCUGGAAACUUAUCACUAUCAACUAGGGGAUGAUGAGUUGACGGUGUUCGGUGAGCAGCAGAUGACAGAUUCUGGUAUGGCGUUUUAUCGGCGUUAUAAACAGCUAGCUAGGUAUCAUGUGCCGUUUAUACGUGCUUCAGGCUCAAGUCGCGUGAUUGCUUCAGGAGAGCUGUUUACUGAAGGGUUCAAUGAGGCGAAAAGGAUCGACCGGGGCUCCAAUAGCAGCCAACAGGCUAGUAAAGUGAAUCUCGUCAUCCCUGAAGGGUCGCAAUGGAACAACACCCUUGACUCUGGCAGCUGUGAGUCGCUGUCUGACGGCAGCCCUGUGCGCGAGGCUGAACAAGAAUUCCUCAAUGUCUUUGCGCCAUCGAUAUUAGAGAGGUUGGUUUCCAACAUGCCUGGAGUGAAUCUCACGCUGGAGGAUGUUCCGCUUCUGAUGGAUCUCUGUCCGUUUGAGGUUGUCGCACAGAAAGACACGAGCAAGGGACAGCUCUCUCCGUUAUGCGACUUGUUCACACCGUCCGAAUGGAAAUCAUACGACUACCUCAACACCCUCCGUAAGUACUAUGCGUAUGGCGCAGGAAACCCGCUAGCCUCAACACGAGGAGUCGGCUACGUCAAUGAAAUUAUUGCACGUAUGACCAAGACCCUGCCUGUGAAUGACCACACCAGCGUAAACCACACGCUGGACUCUGACCCAACCACAUUUCCACUCGAUACCACUCUAUAUGCUGAUUUCAGCCACGACAAUGCCAUGGUCUCCAUCUUCGAUGCCUUUGGGUUGUACAAUUCUACUGCGAAGCUGUCAACGACACAUGUGCAAUCUGCCGCUGAGACGAGAGGGUUUUCAUCGUCAUGGGUAGUGCCUUUUGCGUCACGGGCAUAUUUUGAGCUUAUGCAGUGUUCGCCAGAUGAUGACAACGAAGAGGAAGAGCAAUUAGUCAGAGUGCUUAUAAACGACCGCGUUGUCCCGCUUCACGGCUGCCAUGUCGAUGCCCUAGGUCGCUGCAAAUUGAACGACUGGAUCGAGGGACUCGACUUUGCACGAAACGGGGGUCGAUGGGAUGAUUAUUGUCUAUCAUCUGGUUUGGCAUAG